AUGUCUGCCGAUAAAGGAUUGGAAGAAGUCCCUGAGGGACAGAUCGAGUCUAACUACGAUGAGGUCUUCGACUCCUUCGAUGCCAUGAACCUCAACCCUGAGCUGCUUCGCGGUGUCUAUGCUUAUGGUUUCGAGCGUCCCUCUGCUAUCCAGCAGCGUGCCAUCAUGCCCAUCAUCAAGGGUAACGAUGUCAUCGCUCAGGCCCAGUCUGGUACUGGAAAGACUGCCACUUUCUCCAUCUCCGCUCUCCAGAAGAUCGACACCAACCUGAAGGCCUGCCAGGCCCUCAUUGUCGCCCCUACCCGUGAGUUGGCUCAGCAGAUCCAGAAGGUCGUUGUUGCCAUUGGUGACUUCAUGAGCAUCAACUGCCACGCCUGUAUUGGUGGUACUGCUGUCCGUGAUGACAUGAACGCUCUCCGUGAGGGCCCUCAGGUCGUUGUCGGUACCCCCGGUCGUAUCCACGAUAUGAUCCAGCGCCGUGUCCUGCGCACCGACAGCAUGAAGCUCUUCAUCCUUGACGAGGCUGAUGAGAUGUUGUCUCGUGGUUUCACCGAGCAGAUCUACGAUAUCUUCCAGCUCCUCCCCCAGUCUACCCAGGUCACCCUGCUCUCUGCCACCAUGCCCCAGGAUGUCCUUGAGGUCACCACCAAGUUCAUGCGCGACCCCAUCCGUAUCCUGGUCAAGAAGCAGGAACUUACCCUUGAAGGUAUCAAGCAGUUCUACAUUGCUGUCGAGAAGGAGGAGUGGAAGCUCGACACCCUCUCCGAUCUUUACGAGACUGUCACCAUCACCCAGGCCGUCAUCUUCUGCAACACCCGCCGCAAGGUCGACUGGCUCACUGACAAGCUCACUGCCCGUGACUUCACUGUCUCCGCCAUGCACGGUGAUAUGGAGCAGGCUCAGCGUGAUGUUAUCAUGAAGGAGUUCCGCUCUGGUUCUUCCCGUGUCCUGAUCGCCACUGACCUUUUGGCCCGUGGUAUCGACGUCCAGCAGGUCUCCCUGGUUAUCAACUACGACCUGCCUGCCAACCGUGAGAACUACAUUCACCGUAUCGGUCGUGGUGGUCGUUUCGGUCGUAAGGGUGUUGCCAUCAACUUCGUCACUGCUGACGAUGUCCGCAUGAUGCGUGAGAUCGAGCAGUUCUACAGCACCCAGAUCGAGGAGAUGCCCAUGAACGUUGCUGACCUCAUCUAA